CGAACAAUGACACUUGGGGUGUCACAGAGCUGAACACCACAGAGGCUGUGGGACUGUUGUAGAAUACAGAAAGAGGCUGUUUCACAUUGUUCAGGAUACCUGCUAUUAUACAUGUACCGGGUUGGCAAAAGCCCGACAAAAUGGGCAGGUGACAGCUACAAGCAACUGUUGCUCCGAAUCGGCUUUUUAUCGAAUCGUGGACGGAUUUACCCAAAGAAAACAGAAAAUACAGCCAGAAGCAAGCAUCCACAGGAGCUGGUUUUUAAUUUUCCCGGAACAAUCAGAGGCUCGAUUCACAAUGUAAUUCUACAAUAAGACCCCUGAGUACUAAGAAGUGGAAAGUUCUGGAAGGCUGGUGAAGUAAAGCUUCAGGCGGGUCAGAGUCACAGCUGCUACAGAUAUUCCGGUGAAAGCAUAACUCACAGGCUGAGGUUAAGCUGGCAAGGGAAAAGAAAUGGAUGUGUUCGGUGGAGCACCCCGGUUCCUGGCCUACCCUCGUCCUGUGGUGGUGCAGAGCGGCACUGAUGCAGUCCUUAAAUGCCAGAUUGCUGGAGAUCCCCGACCAGCAGUCAUAUGGGAGAGAAACAAUGAAAAAAUCCAUCCAGGUGGCAGAUAUCGUGUGUUUGAGGAUGGCAAUGUUUACAAUCUCAUCAUCACUGUGGUGACAGCUGAAGACAGUGGCCAGUACAUUUGCAAAGCUAAAAACAGCAUAGGGGAGACAUAUGCUGCAGCAACACUGAAAGUAGAAGGUGAAGCUCAAGAGAUGGAGCUGAGAGAAGAGAACAAGCCCCGUUUUCUCAUUAAACCCCUGUCUACGCGAGUUGGCCGAGGAGAUGAUGCGGUUUUCUCCUGUAAGAUGUGGGGAAAACCUAGGCCAGAGGUGGUGUGGGAGAAGGAUGGCAAGAAGCUAAAUGACAUCUUUGAGAGUACACAUUUUAGUGUCGGGUACCAGGAUGGCGGUUGGUUUCAGCUAAAGAUUUUUAAAACCCGGGCACCUGAUGGCGGAGUGUACACGUGCAAAGCAAGGAAUGAGUUUGGUGAAAGUCUGGCUGGAGCUGUGCUGUUGGUGGAUGCUGGCCCUGGACACGAAGAUGAUGGAAACCGCAAUGGUUACACUAAUGGCCAUUGGAAAGCACACCACGGAAAACAGAGAGGCAGUAGCCAUGUUGUAACAAGGCUAAAAGGAGACCAUCUGCCAACUUCAGCCAAAGUAAAAAUGUUUGCUGUGACAGAAGGAAAGCAUGCAAAAUUCCGUUGCUAUGUGACAGGAAAGCCCAAACCAGAAAUCAUAUGGAGAAAAGAUGGAAGAAUAAUUUUGUCUGGAAGGCGGUACCUUUUAUAUGAAGACAGAGAGGGAUACUUCACACUUAAAGUACUUUACUGCAAACAGCAGGAUAAUGGAGUGUAUGUUUGUGCUGCAUCCAAUACUGCAGGACAAACCUUAAGUGCAGUACAUCUUUUUGUUAAAGAACCACCUGUAAGAUUCAAGCAACCCCUCAAUGACCUUGAAGUCUGGGAGCAGGACCUGGCCAUCCUUGAAUGUGAAGUACCAGAGGACUCCGUGCCCAUCACAUGGUAUUUAGAAGAUAGAAGGCUACAGCCAGGGGCCAAAUAUGGGAUGGAGGAGUGGGGAACAAAGCGCCGACUUACAAUUCGUGACAUGGGAGUUGAUGAUGAUGGGAUCUACCUCUGCGAAAUGCCAGAUGGAGGAAGAAGCAUAGCUGAGGUAACUGUCAAAGGUACAAUCGUAAGAAAGAUGCCCAGAAAAGUAGAUGUUCUGGAAGGGGAAAAUGCUGCAUUUUGUGUGGAAGUAGAAGAGGAGGAAAUGGAUAUUCACUGGUACAAAGAUGGCACAGAGCUGAGGGAAACACAUCAGACUAUCCUCAAAUCAUUUGGGAGAACUCAUAUCUUGGUCUUUGUUAAUACUACCCAAGAUUCUGGCACGGUCAUUUUCUAUGUUGGCAGAUCAAAGACAUCAUCUCAGCUAAGGGUCAAAGCGAUUAGGCAAUGUCCACCUAGCUGCCCUGUGGGGGUUCAGAUAAACACAGAGCGUGCAAAUGCAGCACUUCUGUCCUGGGUUCCAGCACAGGACUGUCGGAAGAAUCCACCCUCAGGUUACAUCUUAGAGAGACAGGAAAUAGGUUCCCAGGAGUGGCUCCAGUGCCUAACCACUGACUCGGCAACCUCAGUGGAAAUUCUUGGUGACAGUGUUCCAUGUGAGGCUGACUACAGAUUCCGCAUCUGUAGUAUCAACAAAUAUGGAAGAAGCGGAUAUGUGGAGUUCCCUCGAGGAGUUCAUCUGGUUCCAGUAGCAAAAAUACAAGCACCUCUACAAGAUGCACUUGUGCCUGAGGGCCAAGAUGCCAGUUUUUCCAUUGAGCUGUCUGCCUCGGUCAUAGGCACUUGGUUUUGGAACGGCAACCAAAUUCAGGAUGAUGAACGGUUUCUCGUUAGACGGUCUCGUACACACCAAUCACUUCGAAUUCGAGGGGUACGAGACACUGACAAUGGAGCUGAAAUCACCUUUAUUGCAUAUGGAAUUCGUGAUUCAGCAGCACUGUAUAUACAAGCUCCAUUAGUUAAAUUUACUCCACUAUCUGAGAUGGACCGGAAUAAGUUUGUAGAAGUAGGCAAUCCAAUAGUCCUCUACUGCGAGCUGUCAGACCCCGGAGCACCAGUCCGCUGGUAUAAGAAUGGAGUUGAACUGCAUUCACAUGAAGGUCUUCACAUUCAAUCAGAAGGAACAAUGAGGAGAAUUGUCAUCCAGUCAGCUGAGUUCUUCCAUUCCGGGGUUUACAGUUGUGACGCCAUUGAUGAUGUCAUCAGGUUUAAUGUGGAAGUUGAAGCACCACCUGUGAGGUUCAUAGCACUUCCAGAUGUGGAUAGAAACAAGUCCAUUGAAGCUGGAUGUCCAAUAGUACUGCAAUGUGAGCUCUCCGAUCCAAGUGCCCAGGUCGUCUGGUACAAAGAUGAAACAAAACUUCUCCCACAGUGUGGACUAGACUUCCAGGCUAAUGGAACUAGAAGGGCACUGGUAGUCGAGAAGGCACAUUUUUUUCACUCUGGGGUGUACAGAUGCAAGACAAAAGGUGCUGCCAUCCAGUUCAAUGUGGAAAUCCAAGCUCCACUAGUGAGAUUCACAGCUGGUCCCGAAACUGAGAGGAGAAAGUGCAUUGAAGCAGGAGACACCAUGGUUCUACAGUGCGAGAUAUCAGACUCAUCUGGGCAGGUUUGCUGGUUCAAGGAUGGGAAGCAAAUUCUUACCCAGUCUGGUGUAGGCUUCCAAUCAGAAGACUGUAUAAGGAGAUUAAUUAUAGAAUCAGCAACCCCGUCUCACUCUGGUGUGUACAGGUGCACAACAAAAGAUGAUGUCAUUGAGUUUCAAGUCGAUAUCAAAGCUGUGCCAGUGCGGUUCUCAACUGUUUCAGAAGUUGAGAAGUGUAAAUGCAUUCAAGCUGGCAGCUCUUUUGAACUCUGCUGUGAGGUAUCAGAUCCUACAGCAGAUGUUUACUGGUAUAAGGAUGAAACAGAGAUUCUCACAGACACUGGCUGGGACAUACAGGCAGAAGGCACACGGAGGAUGCUGAUAGUCCAAUCAGCAGAGCCCAGCCACUCCGGAUUGUACAGCUGCAACAUGCCUGAUGACUCUGUAGAGUUUACUGUGGAUAUUCAAGCUCCACCAGUGAAGUUCUCAGCCUUCCCAGGUGUUGUGAAGAACAGGCUGUUUGAAGCAGACUACCCUACUGAGCUACACUGUGACAUCUCAGACCCACCAGCUAAGGUGUGUUGGUACGAAGAUGGAGUAGAGCUCCUCUCAAAAAGUCAACCUCAUAUCAAAAUGGAGGAUACCAGGAGAAAGCUUGCUGUAAAAGUAGAGCAGCCCUCCGAGGCCGGAUGGCAAGACUCUCUGAGAAGGGAUGAGGUCAUCCGGUUAAAUGUACAAGAUGAAGCGCCACCUUUGAAACUGCUGGAUGUCCCUCAUGUUGAGAAGAAUAUAGGUACUGCGGAAAGCAUCUGUAUUGCACAACAAUACAAAAUCCUGGAUGCCAAUGAAUAUAAUUACCAAACAAAAGACAAGGAAGAGAUACUGUCACAAGAUGGAAUUGAAUCCCAAUCUCAAAUUAAGUGUGACUUGCCUAUAACAACUUUUAGCAUCAAUUCAACUGAGACACCAGACACUGGGAUAAACCUGUCAAGGGCGCCAGAUGAUCACACCCAGUUUAAUGCAGACAAAGCCGAGCAGUCUCACCCUGAAGUGUACAAGGGUGAGCACUAUGAUGACACUGUCCAGUGCACUGUGGAUAUGAAAGUUACAAAGGUGAAUAUCUCAGCACCUCAAGAAAUGUCCAAUGAGAAAGUCUGUGAAGCAGCCUGUCUCAAAGACCUAUGUGAAGUCUCUGAAAAGAAGGCCCACAUAUCUGCACUUGGAGAUCUUUUAAUAGUCCAGCAAGAAGAUGGGAAAAACAUGAUGUCUAAUCUGAGAAAGGAACAAUUUGCUCAGAUAUCAAAGAUUCCACACAAAGAGGUCCUGAGCACCGAGACCAAGAAUCAAUCUGUGAUCCAUCAAGACAAAGUAAAAGCACCAAUAUCUAAGCUAGUAAAAUUUGCACCAAUCCCUGAGUCUGGCAUGACUAAGACCAUUGAAAGUGGCAUGCCUCUAGUGCUACAGUGUGAAAUAUCAAACCCAGAUGCCCCAGUUUGUUGGUUUAAGGAUGGAAUACAACUUCAAACAAAAAAUGGAUUAGUGAUCCAGUCAGAGGAUUGCAUUAGACGGCUGGUCAUUCCAACUGCAGAGCUCUGCCACACAGGGAUGUACAACUGUGAGGCAAUGGAUGAUGUCAUAAAAUUUAAGGUGUAUGUCAAAGAGGCACGGAUGAAAGGUUCAUCACUCACUCAGACUGAGAAGAAUGCGAUGAAAGCCAAUGAAGAAGCCAAUGAAAAUGUUCCACACAAAGAGACAGUAAAUACUUCAGCUCAGGUCUGCUUGUACAGACAAGAGCAACAACAAAUUCAAGAGCGUCUUGCUGUUAUGCCAUCAGAAGAGAUCGGAUCAGAAGAGAUCAAAUCAACUGAGCUGUCUGACUCGGGAGUAUACAGUUACGAAACAAGGGAUACCAACAUCCUGAGUACUGUGGAUCCACCAGUGCCACCAGUGACGUUCUCCACUGUCGCUGAAACCCAGAGGAACAAAUCUGCUGAAGUUGGAGAGCCAUUUGAAUUGGAAUGUGAGGUCUCAGAUGCUGCCGCAUGUGUAUGCUGGUACAAAGAUGGAAAUGAGCUGUCAUCUGAAGCUGGAGUUUUGCUUCAGACUGAAGGUACAAUUAGAAAACUUUCUGUGCAGUCAUCUGAAUUAUCUCACAGUGGAACUUACAACUGCAACACAGAUGCUGAUGCAGUUGCAUUCAACGUGGAUAUUAAAGCUUCGUCUACGAAGUUAAAACCACUUUCAGAAAUGGAGAAGAACAGGUCCGCUGAAUUAGACUCACCAACUGUUCCAAAAUAUGAAAUCUCAGACUCCAAAAGCCAGGUUUGCUGGUAUAGAGAUGACACAGAACUCCUCUCAAACAUUGGACUUGAUACCCAAAGAGAUGAAAAUGUAAGGAAAUUAACUGUUCAAUCAACCGAACCUUCAUACACUGGCCAUUUCAUCUGUGGCAGUCCUGAUGAUGCUGUAUCAUUCGAGAUGGACAGUCAAGCUACUCCCAUAAGGUUCUCAGCCCUUACAGAGGUGGCAAGAAACAAGUUAAUUGAAGCAGGCUGCCCCAUUAUACUUCAAUGUGAAAUCUCUGAGUCUUCUGCCCAAGUUUCCUGGUUUAAAGACGGAGUGCGACUCUUUCAAGAGAAUGGAAUUGACAUCAAAUCAGACGGCACCAUGCGAGCACUGAUCAUCCAAUCAGCUGAGCUCAAACACUCGGGCACAUACAGUUGUGAAGCUGGCGAUGAUCGUAUAGCAUUCAAGGUGGAUGUUGCAGCACCUCCUGUGACAUUUGCCUAUAUCCCUGAGGAAGAGCUCCACAGGAAUGUAGUGGAACAAGAAAAACUCUUCCUUCAUUGUGAGGUGUCCAGAUCUGACGCCACUACACAGUGGUACAAAGACGGAGUGGAGAUACAGACCAGUACCAAUGUCGAAAUAGAGACUGAAGGCACCAUGCGAAAACUGAUUAUCCAAUCUGUUAGAAUGUCAGAUGCUGGGGCAUACACAUGUCGUGCAGGAGGCAGUGCCUUAAUAUUCAAGGUUAAUGUACGAGAGCCUCCUGUAAUGAUUGUCUAUCCCAAGGAAGAUGUUCACCUUGAUCGACAUGUUCCAGAGGAAAUUGUCCUCAGUUGCGAGCUUUCACGUCCGAAUGGAAGAGUGACUUGGUUCAAGGACGGACAGAAACUUCAAGAAAAUGAAAAUAUGAAAUUAAAAAUAGAAGGUCCAUACAGGAGACUGAAGAUUCUUCACAGCAGAGUUGAGGACUCAGGAGAGUAUGUCUGUGACACUGCUGAUGACUCAAAAUUCUUCCAUUUAAGUAUAAAAGAACCCCCAAUACGCAUAGUUUCCCCAAGCCAAUCCCAAAUGGAACUGUGCCAGCAAAUGUCAGAGAGGAUGGUGCUGAGUUGUGAAAUUUCCAGAGGCAAUGCUUCUGUGCGCUGGUAUCGAAAUGGACUUGAGGUAGAAGAGAAUGACAACCUGAUUCUUGAGGUUGAUGGUGUUUACAGAAGACUCAUUAUACCAGAGACAACAGUCAGUGAUUCUGCAGAAUAUGUUUGUGACACAGCUGAUGACUCUGUGACAUUCUUCGUAAACAUUGCAGAGCCCCCGGUACGAUUUAUUCGGCCUAGGAAGAUGGCAUACGAAGUUGAAAAGUUUGUUGGAGAAACCAUUGUGCUUGACUGUGAGGUGUCAAGAUCAAAUGCAGAAGUCAGUUGGAAGAAGAAUGGAGAAGAGAUUUUGGAAAAUAUCAAUAUAACUAUAGUUGAGGAUGGCAGUACUCGGCAGUUAACAAUUCAUUCAUUAAGGCUUGAAGACACAGGCCAAUACUUGUGUGAUGCCAAAGAUGAUGUAAUGGAUUUCAGUUUAAAAGUAAAUGAACCACCACUCAGAUUUGUGCAAAAAAGUGAGAUAACAGACAGACAUUUUGUAGUAUCAGAUGCCGUUGUGCUCAAAUGUGAACUGUCCAGAGCGAAUGGUGUAGUCUGCUGGUACAAGGAUAAUAAAAGGAUUGUGGGUAAUGAUCACUUCACAUUUGAAGAAGAAGGCACCUUUAGAUCUCUGAUCAUCUUAAAUGCGGAGAUCGCGGAUACUGGUGAAUACGUGUGUAAUGUGAAGGACGAGAAGGUUGUCUUUAAUGUCACAGUAGAAGAGGCACCGGUGUCUAUCUUAGGAAACACUAGGACCCCAGAACACCACUCACUCGUGGCUGGAAACGAGCUGAUCCUUGAAUGUGAGGUGUCUCAUGAGAACGCUGCUGUUCAGUGGCUCUGUAAUGGGAGGGUAUUGCAGGCAGAUACCCGAAUCAGUAUUGAAAAGAAAGGUGCUAUGAGAAAACUUGUGGUCUCCAACAUUCAAGUGUCUGACUCAGGAGAAUACGUAUGUGAUGCCAUUGAUGACAAAAUGUACAUCUUGGUGACAGUUCAAGAGCCACCAUUCGAGUUUGUCAAAAAAGAAGAGAUAAACAUCGCUGCCUAUGAAGAGGAAAGCGUGACAUUGUGUGCUGUGGUUAACAGGGAUAAUGGAUCUGUGCAAUGGACCAAGGGGGGCAAACAAAUCAGAGAUCAUCGUUUUUAUGCCACAAGCGACGGGCAUACUCACUACCUGACUAUAAAGCAUCUUAAAAAAUCAGAUGCCGGAGAAUAUGAGUGUGACGUGGGCACAGAUAAAGCUCGUUUCAGCGUGCAAGUCAAAGCUAUGAAGAUAAAAUUUUCCAAGCCACUGCAAAAUGCAGUAGGGCUUAAGGGUAGUAAUGUUGUUUUAAGAUGUGAACUCCAAACCUCCAAAGGAGAUGUCCAGUGGCUGAAAAACAACCGAGAAAUCACACCAAACCGACAUUUUACAAUCCGUGCAGAUGGGCAAGAAAGAAGCCUUACAAUACAUAACUUAACAGACAGUGAUGCAGGGGAAUACACAUGCGAAUCAAAGGAUGAGAAAACAUGUGCAAAUGUAGAAGUAAAGACCCCUCGUGUUCUGGAGUUUAUUGCUGAGUUGCACAACAUAACUGUAAUGGAAGGAGAAGAUGCAACAUUCAAGUGUGUAGUGUCCCCAGAAGAUGUAAGGAUAGUCUGGUGUAUGAACAACUGGCCUAUUACAUCAAAUGACCGGUUCAAAAUCACAAGUAAUGGACUGUGCCACAUGUUGUACAUCAAAAACUGCCAAGUGUCAGACAGCUGCAAGCUAACAGCAGAAGCUGAAGGAGUGAUAUCCAAAGCUCUGCUACGGGUUCAAGAGAAACAGGUGCUGUUCACAAAGAAAAUGGAAUCGGUGGUUGCAGAAGAGUUUGGGGAGGCAACUCUUGAGGUGGAGCUGAACUUAGAAUGUGGAGAAGUGCAGUGGAUGAGACAAAGUGUGGUCAUACACCCUGGACCUAAGUUUACCCUGAAACAAAGUGGCCGAAAGCGUAUGCUCACAAUCCACAAACUCGCCCUUUCUGAUCGUGGGACUUACAGCUGUGAAACUCUUCAUGACCGCACACAAGCUGGGCUCAGCGUGGAACCACGGAAAGUUAAAAUACGGAAAGAGCUGAGCGAGAUUCAUACGUUUGAGCGCGAGACAGCAUCCUUUGAGGUGGAGCUGACACAUAGCAAUGUGGAAGGCAUGUGGCUGAAAGAUGGAAACCGACUCAAAAGCAACAACCAUUGGCGCAUGACUACCCAUGGCAAUGUGCAUUGCCUGACCAUAGCCAACCUGUCACUUGAGGACACGGGACUUACAUUCUCCACUGAAAAUGCAAAAUCAUCUUCCAGACUUACAGUUAAAGAAACACCAGUGUCUAUUCUGAAAAAGCUGGAGGAUAGCACUUUCCCAGAGGGUGCAGGAGCCACACUGGAGUGUGAGCUGUCCAAAUACAAUGUUAAUGUCAAAUGGAAAAAGAAUGGAGAAGAGCUUAAGCCAGGGAAAAGUCAUCGUAUCUACUCCAUGGGGAGGAAGUGCUUCCUGCAGAUCAUGCGAUGUGAGCUUGGGGAUUCGGGUUUAUAUGUGUGUGAUGCUGGAGAUGCAACCACUUCAUGCUCUGUGGAAGUUUACGAGAGAGAGCUGGAAGUUUUACACACUCUAGAAGACCUGGAUAUUCAAGAGGACCAGAAUGCUGUGUUUAUGUGUGAGGUGUCUCUUGAUGACAUACCUGGAGAGUGGUUUAAGAAUGGAGAGAAAAUUAAACCUUCUAGCACCGUCAAGAUCCGUCAGGAGGGAACCAAGCACUUCCUUCUUAUGUGCAACGUUAAGGAAGAGGAAUCAGGAGAAAUCAAGUUUGUUGCCAAGAAUGUGGAGUCUAUAGCUUACCUAGAGGUGGAGAGAAUCCCUGUGAAUAUUGUAAAGCCGCUGGAAGACAAAACGGCUCUGGAACACACUCGAGUCUUACUGGAUUGUACUGUAUCCAACCCACGCUGCAGCAUUCGUUGGUAUAAAGGCCGUAAUGUGAUCUUGCCCUCAGAACGCUUUGAGAUCUGCAGUGAAGGCUGCUAUCGCAAACUUGUGAUUCAGGAGGUCGCACUGGAGGACACAGGCAUGUACAGUGUGCAGGUCGGAGAAAACACAUCCUCAGCAAGGCUCACAGUGGAAGCCCAGCCAAUCCUGAUAGUGCAGGAGCUUCAAGAUAUGGAGGUGGUCUCUCCAGAGGAUGCAUGUUUUGUGUGUGAGGUCUCUGUGCCUGUUUUAAAAUCACCUGUAUGGACUCUAAAUGGAGAGGUGUUAAAACCUGGGCCCAAAGUUCUCCUGGAGAAAAUGGGGACAGUGCACAAGCUUACCCUGAAGCACACGACAGAGGACAUGAAUGGUGUUGUGGUGUUUGAUUCAGGAAAGGCCAAGAGCACAGCAAACCUGCAUGUCAGAAAAUAAUCCCUUCCUGAUAUGGACCCAGCUUUAUUUUGCGAUUUCUGCAAUUGUAAGCAGGGAGUUUUUAUUGGAUCUAUUAUAACUAAUACUACUUUUUUUUUUUUUCUCUGUUAAAAAUUCUAUGAUCUGGAUUCGUUAUAGGUUGAGAUUUUUUUUUCCUGCUAUAAUGUUCUUCAGUAGGCUUAAGUUGCAGUGAUGAGAGGAAUCCAUCACUAAUUCCUGAUUUACGACUUGGACAAUAAAAAAACUAAACAAAAAAAACAAAGGUCACCACCAAUACCAGUGUCAAUUUGAUUCACACCUGGAUGAAUGUAAUUUAGCAUUAAACCACAUCAUCAGCUGUUGGCCAGCCAA